UGCGCGUGCGCGGAGCGGCGCGGCGGCGGCGGCGGGAUGAGCGCGGUGCCGGGGCUGCGGGAGGACUGCGAGGGGCUGCUCGGCGCCUUCCAGGAGGCCGACACCGUCCGCUUCGAGCGGUUCGCCGAGCUGUGGCGGGAGCGCCGCUUCCACACCGUCUUCUACGGUAGAAUAAGAGCAUUGGAGAGGAAUAAGAUCACAAAGAAGACUUUAGAACUGGCACAGCAGUACUUCUUGCCACCAUACGCUUUCCAGAUUCGAGUUGGUGCUUUGUACCUUUUGUAUGGGCUCUAUAAUACACAGCUUUGCCAGCCAAAACAAAAGAUCAGAAUCGCGCUGAAGGACUGGCCAGAGGUGCAGAGAUUCCAGCAGGAUCUGAUGGACUCCCAGCAUUAUGAUGCUGUGUAUAUCUUCAGGUCACUGCGGCUCGCCAGAGCUUUCCAUUUCACAGCGAUGCCAAAGCUCCUAAACUACCGAACUAAGAAGAAGAUUCAGGAAAAUGAAUUUAAAGAAGAAUUUAAGGAACCAAGUAACAGAGUGAACAGCCUCAUCACUAAUGAUGUACUGGAGGAACUGAUGAAUAUUCAUGAUCACUAUCAGAAAGUGAAAUGUGUCAUUUCAGCUGACAAAUCCCAGCCAGACAAGGCACUGAGCUUGAUAAAAGAUGAUUUUGUAGUUACUCUUAAAGACAUAACUUUGGAACAUCAGGAAUGGCAGCAGAACAGAAUGAAAAUGUUCCUAAAUGCUAAAGAAACUGAUGAAAUAUCAAACAAAAAGGAGGAAAAGACUUCACUGGAAUCAGAGGGUUCUGAGAGAGCGAGUGCAUUGGCUAGAAUCAAAUACAAGUCAUACUCUGCAGUUGUUGAGGCUUCCAAAUCCAGACGACAUCGUCAAGUGAAAUUGGAAUCUUCUGAAUCAGGAUCAAAUUAUGGGAAAUCUCCAAACCGAAGUAAAAGAAACAGUAGGAGACGCCAGCCAGCAAGGAGGAGAGAUUCUGUGGAAAUCAAAGGUGAAAUGCAAGUGGCAAAUGAAACUGUUACUCAGCAUAUUGGGAUGCCUGUAAUAACAGAAGAGGAGAACUCAGAUGAAGAAGAAGUAUCCCUCCCCAAGAGGAAAAGAAGAUGUUAGAGGAUCCAGUUGGAGAAGCACAAACGUGAAUUUUAAUGACAAAAUGUAAAUGUCAGAGACAACACAAAUUGCUUGGUUUGGAUGCCCUUGAAUGUACAGCAAGAAGCAUCUGGGACCAGAACUACAGGUGAUUCUGGAUACUGGUAGUGGCUGGUGUGCCUUAGCUGUCUCCUGGUACAGCACCUGCUGUGCUUACUCACCUGGUGAAUGACUCUUGUGGGAGACAAAGUUGCUGCACCCUGUCUGAGGUGGAAAGAGAGGAUGGUUGGUGGUUGUAUUGAGCUUGUACAAUGCAAGUUACCACUUGGAACUCUUGUUGGUCUGCAGUGAUGAUUUUAGCUGAGACUGUUAAGAGAACAACUCACAAAAGGUUUGCCCAUAUGUAACAUGUUUGAAAUCUUUUAUCUCUGAACAUAAAGUUAAUGUUACUGACUGUUGAAAACUAGUAUAAUAAAUUAUUUUUCACAGUUUA